CAAAGUCCCGCUUUUAAACUUUCGAAUAAACAUUGUGAAAACCAUUUGCGAUUUCGGCAUUUUUAAAAUAGGAACAAUUGUUAAUGCAAUUUACCCUUUUCAAUAGAAAUACAUUAAAACUUACAAUACAUGGAUUACAAUAAAUUUACACACAGCGCCUUGGCUCUAUUGAUUUCAUUAUCCAUCACUGUAGUAGCGGACACAGCCAGAUGUCGUUGUCUCCCGGGUGAACCAUGCUGGCCCACCAAAGAGCAAGAGGCAGCAUUCAAUGAAACCAUCGGCGGCCGGCUUAUCUUCCCAAAGCCCACUGCCUUUCCAUGUUAUGCGGGUAAAACCAGAAAUCCACGUGAAUGUGCGGAAAUACAGAAGAACUAUAACAAACCAGGCUAUUUGGUCAACAGACCGGGUAGUAUGCAGUUGUUCAACUGGGAAGACAUGGGAGGGAUGCGGUGUUCACUGGAAGGCGUCAGUGUAUGGAAUACAACGUGUUCGAUGGGUCGUACACCGUAUUACGCUGUGGAUGUCCACACGGUUGCCGAUAUCCAGAAAGCGCUGGUCUUUGCGGAACAGCACAAUAUUCGCGUUGUAGUGAAGAGUACGGGUCAUGAUUACCUGGGACGGAGCACCGGAUACGGAACAUUAAUGAUUUGGAUGCGGAAUUUUCAAGGAAACGUACAAACGAAUUUAACCUUUAUGCCAACCUGCUGUGAUAGCAGCCAUCGGUUUAAUAGUCCAGUUAUUACGGUGCCGGCUGGAAAAACAUGGAACGAUGUCUACCCAAAACUAGAGGAGGACUUUAACGGAGCCUACGCAAUGAUUGGUGGGUACUGCUACGACAUUAGCGCAGCGGGUGGUUUCACUUUUGGCGGCGGGCACAGUCCACUUUCCCCGGCAUUCGGCUUAGCAGCGGACAACGUCCUACAAGUGACAAUGCUAACGGCAAACGGCGAACUUCUGACCGCCAACGCUUGCCAGAAUAAAGACCUCCUCUGGGCGAUGCGCGGCGGUGGGGGCGGGACUUUCGGAAUUGUCACCUCCAUCACCUACAAACUGCACUACAUUCCUAAGGGACUCUUUGCGUACACGAUGCUGGUGCUCCACGCAAACCUAACCGGUAAGCUGGAAACGGAGCAAGUAGGACAGGUUGUGGGAGUCCUCGCGGAAUAUACUACAGCACUGGAAGCGGCUGGGUGGGGCGGGUAUUUAAAUUACCUACCACAGUUUGGAAUUAGUCUCAUGUUCUUGAGACCGGCGGAUCGUCUGGAUGCGUUGGACGCUAUGAUAGAUUUCAAGGAGGGAUUGGUUGCGGUGCAGUCCAGAGUGGGGAUUGCCGUGGGACCAAGUCCGACAGCUGGCGAGAAUUAUUUACAACAUUUUAAUUCCUUCGAAGAAUGGCGGAUUUGGACAGAUACGAUCGGCGUCUUCGACAUGUUUUACUCUGGAUUCCGUGUGACAUUGGGAUCUCGCUUCGUCCCACGAUCAGCUUUGGCGGAUCCCCAAAAGUUAACAGCCGCCAUCAUGGCGGGUGUCAAACAGAAUGGUGUCGCCAACGGACUGGCGAUCAUGGUGGUGACCAGUAACGUCGUGCGUACUUUCGAUCCAGACUCUUUGGAGACCUCCCUUACCCCAGCCUGGCGACGGGCAACGUGGAUCACGCUGAUGUUUACCGGCUGGGAUGGGAGGACACCGCAAGCAGUUAUCACAGAUAAGAUGGCGGCGCUGAAUCGGGGAUUCCAGGUGUGGCGCGAUGCCUACCCGGAUACGGGAGUGUAUUCUAACGAAAUAGCAUUGGAGGAGCCUAAUUGGCAGAAUGCGUCAUGGGGAGUUAACUAUGACAGACUGCGUAGGAUUAAAAAGGCGGUCGAUCCUAAUGGAAUUUUUGUGUGCAGAAUGUGUGUGGGCAGUGAAGAGUGGGAGGAGGAUGUUCAGAAUCGAAUGUGUCGUGUCCAUUAGAAAAAUUAUGGCCUUGUCGCUUUUUAUAGACUGAAUCGGCUAGUAAUUCGUCAUAAUUUUGCAAUAAAGUUAGUUCCU